AGCUUUUCUGUUGCAUUGUGGGAGGAACAGGGGUGAAAGAUGGCGGCCCGCGUCCUGUCCCGGUGUGUCCGGUCACUGCAGCGUGCUCCGGCUGUAUUUAAAAACAAUGCGUGUGUCGGUGCGGCGCAGGUUCGUCUGAUCCAGGAGCGCGGAUUGAUCCAGCUGCUGGCGCUGCACAGACCCGCACUAGUUCAGACCCCCCGGGUAAUGCAGUGGCGGCGGUACGGUGACCUUCCACCUUUAACCUUAGACUCCAUCCGAGACCGCGUCCUCUACGUGCUCAAGCUGUACGAUAAGAUCAGUCCAGAGAAGCUUCAGGCCACGUCUCACUUCAUGAAGGAUUUGGGCUUGGACAGUCUCGAUCAGGUGGAGAUCAUCAUGGCCAUGGAGGACGAGUUUGGUUUUGAGAUUCCUGACACAGAUGCGGAGAAGCUGAUGACUCCUGAUGAGAUCGUCCAGUACAUCGCAGAUAAGAAGGACGUCUACGAAUGAGCUCUGCUCGUCUGCUGUACAGAUUUUUGUUUGGUGAGACUCGAUGGCUACAGCGCCCGUCACUCACUGCGUAUUGUGUUCAGAUGUUCCAGUUUAUCUGUUUCUCCUGUUUUGGACUUUGAGAUUUGCAGAACUGCUCGACCUACUGCAGAAUGUUAGGAUGCAUUUCAUUAUUCAUAAAAACAAAAACAUGUUACCAAAAUUAAAGCCUUUACAUCCCUUA